GGGGGGUCACAAUAUAUACACCGACAACUGUUCUUCUACUCUAUCUUCGCUUCGAUCUAGAUCUGACCCAAGACGCACGCCGCUUCUUGCUGAAUUUGAAAGCAAAGAUCAUGGGUCGCGGAGUGAGCAGUGGUGGGGGACAGAGUUCGCUUAACUACCUGUUUGGAAGUGGAGAGGCAAAACCCGGAGAGGCUGCGGUUGCAGCUCCUGUGAGCCAGGUACAUGUUGCCGCUUCCAAUGAGCCACCUCCUAAACCUACAGCCACCAUACCCCAGCUAGAUAUUACGAAACAGAUUCCUGCUGGGAUCCAGCAGGGUAGCCAGGCAAACAACUAUUUCCGAGCUGAGGGUCAGAACACUGGCAACUUCCUCACGGAUCGGCCUUCAACCAAGGUUCAUGCAGCACCCGGUGGUGGGUCUUCUUUGGGUUACCUGUUUGGUGGUGGUAGCAAUGCGAAUUGACAUGAAUCAUUAUCAUUCUAGAAUACAAGAACGAAGAACUGUUGUCUGCUGUCUGGUUAAUAUGGUCUAAAGACUGCUUUCCGUUUCUUGGUACUUGUUUUGUUAUAUAUUUUUGUAAUGCAAUCAUGUUCUUUGGUUGAAUAUGCAUGCAGUAAUUAAGGAAUGAAUGGUUUGGGACUUCAAAAAAA